AGAAAGAAAAGAAAAAAACCUCUGUUGUUGUAUUGUCUGAUUUUCUCUCCAAACUAGAGAGCGACCGGCGAGCGUAACCUCGCCGGAAAAUCGCUCUACCUUUGCUCGAAGUUUCAGAUUUUCCGAUUUGGGUGCGAAAUUGUGAUUAUCUUUUUUACUGGCUCCGUAGACAGAACUGUUUUUGUGUGUGGUUGUGUACAUUCAUUUCUGGGUUUUCUUCUCCUUUCGUUGUGUGGUGAGGAAUAUCUGAGAAAGCAAUGCGGAGAGGGAAGAUGGUUUUUGUUGCAGCAGAUAUCAUGGGAUCUCCUCUUUAUGAAUUCUUUAUGUUGUAAACCGUUCAAAAGAUUCGAUUUUUUUGUUAUCUCUUUCUUCUCGAGUUUGUUGAUAAAGAGUUUGCUGAAUUUUGUGGAGAAACAGAGGGAAGGAAGAUUUUUGGGGUUUUUGUGCUAGCCUGCUUGUGUUCAAAUUGAGAAGAUGACGAGGAAUAGAGCCUAACAAGGCUAGCAAGUGAGGAGCUUUUUCAGCAAUAUUUCUCUUUCCAGAUUUUCUGGACAAGCUGCAGGAUGCCUUUUGAAAUAAUGGACCAGAGGGAUGUUUCUGCCUCAUCCCACUUUUUUGAUGACAUUUCCUAUGCUUCUGAAAGGAAUGUUGGAUUACGGAAGCCGAAAUCCAUUCCUGACCAUUAUCCACAAGGAAAGAGUGAAAUGGCGGAAUCAGCCGGCAGCAUUUUGAAUGCUUCAUUACCCCUCGAAACAAAUCCAAAAUCAGGCUUGCCAAUGUCGCAGUUUAGUCCAUCUAGAGAAAUUGCAGAAAACCUACAUUUUGGUGGAGAAACAGGCAUUAUAGAUUUGCUGAAGGAUUCGAAGAAAUCAUUGAAUUACCAUCCAAGAUCAUGGUCUGAUGCUCAUAUGCAGCCAGCAUCUAGCUCAUAUGGUUUAAUUGGGAACAAGGUUGUCACCAAUGCUGCCUCACGUGAAAGUAGUCUAUUCUCAAGCUCUUUGUCUGAGAUAUUUAGCCAAAAAUUGAGGUUAUUGGGGAAUAAUGUUCUGUCUGAUCAGCCUAUCUUUGGUGGUUUACUUCCUGAGGAAGAACCGUAUAAAUCUCUUGAAGAAAUUGAGGCUGACACUAUUGGGAAGCUCCUUCCUGAUGAAGAUGAUCUGUUUUCUGGUGUCACUGAUGAGUUAGGAUACAGUGCUCAUGCUAGAACGAGUGAUGAUUUUGAAGAUUUUGAUUUGUUUAGCAGUGGUGGAGGCAUGGAGUUGGAAGGAGAUGAACAUCUAGUUUCAGGAAAAAGAACCAGUUGCGUGGAUGGAGAUCUUGAUUACUUUGGAGCUUCUAAAGGAAAAAUUCCUUUUGAUGAACAAUCUUCUAGAACACUUUUUGUUAGAAACAUUAAUAGCAAUGUAGAAGACUCUGAGCUAAAGGCACUCUUUGAGCAAUAUGGAGAUAUCCGAACCAUUUAUACUGCCUGCAGGCAUCGUGGGUUUGUUAUGAUUUCUUAUUAUGACCUAAGGGCAGCACAAAAUGCAAUGAAAGCACUUCAAAAUAGGUCAUUGAGGUCUAGGAAACUUGAUAUACAUUAUUCAAUUCCAAAGGGCAAUGCUCCAGAGAAGGAUAUUGGCCAUGGUACGCUGAUGAUAUCUGGUGUUGAUUCAUCUGUUUUGAAUGAUGAACUCAAACGGAUUUUUGGAUUUUAUGGAGAAAUUAAAGAAAUCUAUGAACAUCCUGAAAUGAAUCAUAUCAAAAGUAUUGAGUUUUAUGAUGCCCGAGCUGCAGAAGCUUCUCUCAAAGCAUUGAAUGGGAUCUGCAUUGCUGGGAAGCACAUCACGCUUGAACCUGGCCAUCCUAGGAUUGCAACAUGUAUGAUGCAGCAGUCUCAGAAGGGACAUGAUGAACCUGACUUCGGUCAUAAUCUCAGUGACAACUUAUUAUUAAGACAGAAGGCAGCAGUGUCUUCUGGAGUCAUUGCAUCUGGUGGCAGCUUGGAAAAUGGAUAUAAUCAGGGAUUUCAAUCUGCAACACGGCCACCUUUGAAUGCUUUCAUUGAUAACACAUUCUUUCAUGUGAAUUCUAGCAGUCACAAGACCACAAGAGAGACACCUGCUGGUGUUUGUGAGUCAAAUAACGUUGAUGCAAUGAAAUUUGCAUCUAUUACGAGAUUCCAUCCUCAUUCUUUACCUGAGUAUCAUGAUAGUUUAGCUAAUAGUCCUUACAACUUUUCAAGCACCAUUAACAUGGCUGCCAAUGUUGGAACUGGAAGCUCAGAAGUGUCUAACAGCAGGCACAGUCAGGGAAUGGGCUCAGCUGGGAACCUAGCAGAAUUCAAUGCAGGAGGAAAUGGGAACCACCCCAAUCAUGGACUUUAUCAUAUGUGGAAUGGGUCCAACGUGCAUCAGCAACCUCCAUCAAAUGCCAUGCUUUGGCAGAAAACACCAUCCUUUGUUAAUGGUGCUUGUGCUCCAUGUCUUCCACAAGUUCCUAGCUUUCCUAGAACACCGCCUCAUAUGCUGAGAGCAUCACUUAUUGACCACCAUGUUGGAUCAGCACCAGUUGUUACAGCCUCACCCUGGGAAAGACAACGUUCUUACUUGGGAGAAUCUCCUGAUGCUUCUGGUUUUAGAUUGGGUUCUCUAGGAAGUGCAGGCUUUCAUGGUAGCUGGCAGAUGCAUCCUCCAGAUUUUUCUUCUCGCAACAUAUUUUCUCAUGGUGGUGGGAAUGGUACUGAGUUGACGUCCAAUGCUGGGCUGGGCUCUCCUAAGCAGUUGUCUCAUGUUUUCCCUGGGAGACUUCCCUUGACUUCAAUGUCAAAAUUUGAUUCUACCAAUGAACGAAUGAGAAACCUCUAUCAUCGCAGAAGUGAAGCAAAUACUAACAAUGCUGAUAAAAAACAGUAUGAACUUGACCUCGGUCGCAUAUUGCGUGGGGAAGACAACCGAACAACGCUUAUGAUAAAAAAUAUUCCUAACAAGUAUACUUCAAAGAUGCUUCUUGCUGCCAUAGAUGAGCAAUGUCGGGGGACUUAUGAUUUUCUAUAUUUGCCAAUUGAUUUCAAGAACAAAUGCAAUGUUGGCUAUGCAUUCAUCAAUAUGAUUGAUCCUGUUCAGAUUAUUCCAUUCCACCAGGCUUUUAAUGGGAAAAAAUGGGAAAAGUUUAACAGUGAAAAGGUAGCCGUACUUGCAUAUGCCCGAAUUCAAGGAAAAUCUGCUCUUAUUGCUCAUUUCCAGAAUUCAAGCCUGAUGAAUGAAGAUAAACGUUGCCGUCCUAUUCUCUUCCAUACUGAUGGACCAAAUGCUGGUGAUCCGGAGCCUUUUCCCUUGGGUACCAAUAUUAGACUGAGGCCUGGAAAAUCUCGCAUUAUUGGUAAUGAGGAGAAUCGCAGCCAAGGAAAUCCUUCAACUUUGGCAAGUGGAGAUGAGUUUGCUAAUGGAAUAGAUCCUUCAUUGAGUUCUUCAAGAAACUCUGACUGAUAUAGCAUCAGGCACUAACAGUUCAAUGUUGCAUAUCAUAUCAACUCUCAAGUUUGUAUAUUUACAUUUUCUUUUUGAUCAAGAGAGGAGUUGGAGCCGGUAGGAAAAGGGGGCUCACAAUUUUUGCCUUAUAGAGGAGCCUUGCAAGAGUUGUUGGAGGUUGAGGUACAUAACCCGAAUGAAAGUAUCCGAUUCUAGUAUUUUCUUUAUUUUCCUAAAUUUUUGCUUGGAAUCCUGCUACCCUCUUACAAGUUUAGAGAAUGGCUUAACUGAAGCUUAAAAUUUUGGCUAGCUUUGAAUGGACAAUAUGACAAUUUGCAGUUCCCUUGAGAUAAUAGUACGCAUCUUUCCAGGUUUCAAGGGUCCUUUGCUGGUUUUGUUUUCAUCAUUGUCUUAAUGUUCAUAUGUAAUUUUGUUUCUUUAUAUCCCUGAUGGGAUUUGUUGUCUAUAUAAUGUGAUUGUUGAAGAUAUUUAAUUGGAAUAUUUAU